CAUAUUUCAUAAUAGGAUUUUGAUUACUUUUGACAAAAUUGAUUGUCAUUUAAUGUUUUUCAACUAUAUUUCCUUUUUUACCCAUUUUGAUCGUUUCAGUUUUCAGUCUUUUCACCUUUAAGCUGCGUAGCUGCACCACUCCCCUCUCUCUUCUCCUCCACUCAUUCGUACUCUGAAUUCUCCAUUGAAACAACUUCAGGCUUUGGUGUAAACUACCCAUUGAUGUCAGAACAAAAUCAUGAAAAUGAACCUAUUUUCCCUGGGCCUGGGGCGGCUGCCCCUCCUGCCGGUGAUCAGGGAUGGGCCCGGCCUCGUCAUCACCGGAGUUUGCUUGCUUCACAUAAAGCAGUAUCUUUUUUCUAUAACCUGCAUGUAGGGCAUUGCCUGUCUGAUUGGAUUGUCAAUGAAAACAAGACUAAAUGCUUCAAGUGCAUAUCAGACUUAAAGUCUUGGGAUGAGUCAGAGGCCUAUUGUAAGGACCAUAGAGGACACUUAGCAUCUGUGUCAUCGCUUCAAGAGCUGAAAUUUGUUCAAGACCUGUGUAGAAUUAAUGUUGAUGGUUGCUGGAUUGGAUUACGAGGACAAUCUACUUCUGGGCACAGUUGGAUGUGGUCUGAUCAUAAUUCUCUGCAUAAUGACUCCUUUUUACCCAAGGUGCAGCAUGGAUCAAAUUGUGGCAACUUGUCCUGCAAUAAUGGAAGUGAUUCAUGUUCUUUGUUGUCCUAUGGGGCCGUGCCCAUUAAAGCUGUAGGAUGCAACCAUUCUCAUGCUUUUAUUUGCACAGUUGAUACAGAAAACCAAUGCUAUGGAGGACAGUGCCAAAACUUGUAUAUAAUUAUCCUAGCAGUUGUUAGUGGUGGGAUUCUCUGUGCCACAUUAGCUGUUGUGGUUUGGUUACUUGUCUACAGACGAAGUAAAAGGCGUAGAAGGUCCCGUAGGCAAUCAAAUCUAGUAGCAUCAUCUUUAGUGCCUCCAUCCUGGAAGGUCUUCACAAUUGAAGAGCUGAAGUCUAUUUCAAAGAAUUUCAGUGAGGGAAAUCGUCUUCCUGGAGAAUCCAAGACAGGAGGUACAUAUAGUGGCAUUUUAGCUGAUGGUUCAAAGGUGGCGAUUAAGAAAUUGAAAAGGUCCAAUUACCAAAGGAAAAAAGAGUUCUAUUCUGAAGUUGGGAGAGUUGCACGGCUUCAUCACCCAAGUCUGGUAUCUGUAAAAGGGUGCUGUUUUAACCAUGGUCAUCGCUAUAUUGUUUAUGAAUUCAUAGUGAAUGGUCCUCUUGAUAGGUGGCUGCACCAUGUUCCAAGAGGUGGUAGAUGCUUAAGCUGGCCUAUGCGAAUGAAAAUUGCCACAACCCUUGCCCAAGGAAUCGCAUUUUUACAUGACAAGGUCAAGCCUCAAGUUGUGCAUCGAGACAUUCGUGCAAGCAAUGUGCUUCUCGAUGAAGAAUUUGGAGCACAUCUAAUGGGAGUUGGACUCGCAAAGUUUGUGCCAUGGGAAGUUAUGCAAGAGAGGACUGUAAUGGCUGGUGGAACUCAUGGGUACCUUGCUCCAGAGUUUGUCUAUAGAAAUGAGCUUACAACAAAAAGUGACGUGUAUAGCUUUGGAGUCCUGCUACUUGAGAUUGUGAGCGGGCGUCGUCUUGCCCAGGCUGAUGAUUCAGGUAGUUUGCAGAGUAUAUUCGAGUGGGCUACAACCCUUGUACAGUCCCAUCGCUAUCCAGACUUACUAGAUCCUGUCAUAUCAAGCUCAUCCUCUGAGAUUCCAGAGGCCGGAGCAAUUCAGAAAGUAGUUGACCUUGUCUAUUCUUGCACUCAAAACUUACCUUCAAUGAGGCCCCGAAUGUCUCAUGUUGUUCAUCAGCUUCAGCAGUUGGUUCCAUCAGCCCCUGUUGUAGAGCAAGCUCAACUUUAGAAUUAGAUAAAUCAUAUGAGUAUGUCUGGCCUGAUCACGUAUCCUAGCAAUGAAGCAUUAAUCUGAUUUGCUCUUAACCGGAAGGCUAAAGGUCCUGACUAAUAUGUUUGCUUGUUUUAAGAUAUUAUGAAACUAUUGCAAUACAGCAUCAUUAUUUAUAUGAAGCACCAGUUUUAUUGACGCU